UACAUUUUAUUAUCUAGUAGUACUAGUCUGAAGGCAGAGAUGUCGGCACCAACAUCAGAGACAAACAAUACAGAGAAAAAGUCAAAGAGAGUCAUAGGAGACUACCAAGAACCAGAGUAUAUUACCAUAAUAGUGACCGAUCCAAUACGUAUAGAUGACUACAUUUCAUAUAUGAUAACUACCAAUACAACAUUCCCAGAGUACUCAGAGAGAGAGUUUACCGUGAGGAGAAGAUAUAAGGAGUUUGUAAACUUGAGAGAGACUUUGAAACAGAAGUUGUCAGAGAAGCCCAAGGCUAUAAAGUUUGGUGAACUGUGUCCACUUCCUGGAAACAACCUGUCAUCAUUGUUUGGACAGGGUAGAUUUGAACCAGAGUUCAUAGAAGAGCGCAGGAAAGGACUGGAACAAUUUCUCAACAACGUCGCCACUCAUAACUUCUUCCGCUUCGUAACAGCACUUCACCGAUUUCUUCAAGACAAGGAUGCCAAUGUAAGAUGUGUCAACUCCAUGCAACUGUGCGCAACAGCUGGCUUAUUAACU